AUGGUGCUGAAAGGGAUUAAUAAGGAACUUAGUGAUUUGGCCCCUGACCCUCCAGCACGCUGCUCUGCAGGUCCAGCUGGGGAUAAUAUGUUUCAUUGGCAAGCCACAAUUAUGGAAGCUAAUGAAAACCCAUAUCAAGGUGGUGUAUUCCUUUUGACAAUUCAUUUUCCUACAGACUACCCCUUCAAACUACCUAAGGUUGCAUUUGCAACAAGAAUUUACCAUUCAGACAUUAACACUAAUGGCAGCAUUUGUCUCAAUAUUCUAAGAUCACAGUGGUCUCCUCCUUUAAUUGUUUCUAACGUUCUUUCAUCCAUUUGUUCACUGCUAUAUGAUCCAAACCCAGAUGACCCCCCCCCAGUGCCAUAG